CGAUACAACAUUUCUUUAUGGUCAUUUGUUAAACACACAGAUUAUUUUCAUAUAUAUAUUUGAAAAUUUCAUACAUCUAGUUCAGUAAGGAAAUAUCAUAGUUUCUUUACAAAAUGUCGGUGAAAAACGAAAUUACGCUUUUUGUUGGUAGCGAAAAAUAUUCAGUAAAUCUAAACGAUGUUGGACCCACAACAACUCUCAAUACUUUCUUGAGAGAAAUAGCACACUUGAAAGGGACUAAGAAAAUGUGUGAAGAAGGAGGCUGUGGUGCGUGUACAGUCGCUGUGGAAAAAACCGUUGAUGGACAAAAACAAGUUUUUUCUGUCAAUUCUUGCCUGGUAUCCAUAUUAUCCUGCGAUGGAUGGAAAAUACAAACAGUUGAAAGCAUUGGAAAUCCUCUUAUAGGUUACCAUAAAAUUCAAGAAGUUUUGUGUGACAACAACGGGACCCAGUGCGGGUUUUGUUCAGCAGGAAUGGUUAUGAAUAUGUAUGCUCUUCAGCAAUCUGGACCAGUCACACAGAAACAGAUUGAGAAUUCUUUUGGAGGAAAUCUUUGUAGAUGCACUGGUUAUAGACCAAUUUUACAUGGAUUUAAAACACUCGCUUCUGAUGCUGAUAAAGACAUUAAUGAUAUCGAAGAUAUUAAGCUCUGUCCCAACAAAGGAGGAAAAACAUGCUGCAAAAACAUUAAGAAAAAUUAUGUUUUGAAGUUUGAAGACUCACAAUGGACAAAAGUGAACACUUUAGCAGAAUUAUUAAAAGCUUUGAAUAACGUACCAAAAAGUUACAUGUUGGUUAGUGGAAACACUGCUAGAGGUGUUUUUAAAACCAAUACUGAUCGCGAUGCCUAUAUAGACAUACAAGAUGUAGCAGAACUUAUUUCCUAUAAAAUGGAUAGCAAUACGUUAACCCUUGGAGCUAAUGUGAAUAUGACUCAACUAAUGGAAAUAUGCAAAGAAAAUUCUUCAAAACCCAAUUUUUCGUAUUUGACUACAAUAAAUGAACAUUUGGAUUUAAUAGCUACUGUCCAAAUAAGAAACAUUGGCAGCCUUGCAGGGAAUUUAAUGAUGAAAUACCAAUAUAAUGAGUUUCAAUCUGAUGUAUUCUUACUACUGGAAACAUUUAAUGCUUUGUUAACUAUUGUGGAUGUAAGCGGAAAAGAACAAACAGUUAGCCCACAUGCUUUUUUGAAAGUUGAUAUGACAAAAAAAGUUAUUACAAAAAUUGUUUUAAAAUGUCUGGAUGAUACUUACACAUAUGCAACGUAUAAAAUAAUGCCCAGGACACAAAAUGCUCACGCCAUAGUAAAUGCUGGAUUCUUGGUCAAAAUUGAAAAUGAUUUAGUUAAAACAGCUAAUAUCGUUUACGGUGCUAUUAAUAAAGGCUUUGUGCACGCUUCAAAAACUGAAAAGAUUUUAAUAGGAAAAAAAUUAUAUGACGAUACAACACUCCAAGCAAUUUUCGAUUCCUUAAAUACCGAACUUGUUCCUGACCAUGUUUUACCAGAUCCAUCAAUUACAUUUAGAAAAGGCAUAGCCAUUUCUCUAUUUUACAAGUUUGUUCUUAAGACCUGCCCCUCAGCUCAGGUUGCAGAUAGAUUUAAAAGUGGCGGUACUCUUUUGGAACGUCCUGUCUCCAAGGGUUCCCAAGAAUAUGGUACUAUUGAGAAGGAGUGGCCUCUAACUCAGCCUAUAACAAAAUUAGAGGCGUUAGCUCAAACGUCAGGUCAAGCUCAAUACAUUAUGGAUACUCCAGCCUUGCCAAAUGAAGUAUAUGCAGCUUUUGUGACCGCUGGUGUUGUACCAGGAUCUAAAAUACUCACCAUUGAUCCUUCAAAUGCUUUGAAACUGGAUGGUGUACUAGCGUAUUACGAUAAAAAUGAUAUACCUGGCGUUAAUACCUUCACACCAGCAGACGUGGGAUGGUUUGCAAUGCAAGAAGAACUGUUUUGCAGUGGUACUGUUCAAUAUUACCAUCAGCCCAUUGGUAUAAUCGUAGCAAAAGAUCAGAAUUUGGCACGAAGGGCCGCUUCAUUGGUUUAUAUAACUUAUGAUACUCCAUCCGUUAAACCUUAUAUAAAUAUCAAAGACGUAGUAAAUGAUAACGUGGAAAGUAGAAUCAAUCUUCUAAGUACUGUUCUACCUACGAAAAAAGGUAAAAAUACUUCAAAAAGCAUUAGUGGUGAAUUUUAUGUAGGUUCGCAAUACCAUUUCCAUAUGGAACUACAAUGUUGCAAAGUCGUACCAACUGAAGAUGGUUUCGAUAUGUUCCCGUCUUCACAAUGGAUGGACGCUAACCAAUUAGCUGCAUCUGCGGUAUUGGGAAUACCUGCAAACAAAAUAAACGUCAAAGUUCGUCGUCUUGGAGGUGGUUUUGGAGGCAAAAUGUUCCGUAAUGCAAUGGUAUCCUCAGCGGCUGCUCUAGCUGCUCAAAAAUUAAGAGUACCUGUAACAAUGACUUUACCAUUUGAAGACAAUGUGAACAUCGUUGGUAAGCGAUACCCAUUUUACAUGAAAUAUAACGUUGACGUCGACAACCAAGGAGUUAUUCAAUAUUUGAAAGCCAGUUUAUACAGUGAUUUAGGAGUUGGAGGUAAUGAACCAAUUAAUACUUUCCUGUUGACUGGAAUUGAAAGCGGUUAUGAUAUCAGUGCUUGGGAAUUCACUACAAAUACUGUCAAAACUGAUACUCCUGCUAAUUGCUAUGCAAGAGCUCCUGGUACUUUGGAAGGAGUAGCUGGUAUAGAAUGCAUCAUGGAAGAGAUUGCUUAUACUUUAGGAUUGGAACCAAUCGAUGUGAAAUUGGCAAAUACUAGUGCAACUUAUCCACAAAUACCAAAACACUUGACUGCUCUUCAAAAAUGGGCUGAUGUUGAUAAAAGAAGAAAGGGUGUUGUUGCCUUUAAUAAAGCAAAUAGAUGGAUGAAGCAAGGUUUAGCCAUAGUCCCGCUGAAAUGGGUUCUUGAAGUUGGAGCAAAUUAUACUGUUCUUGUGUCAGUAUUUCAUGGUGACGGUAGUGUGGCAAUAUCUCACGGUGGCAUAGAAAUGGGACAAGGUAUUAAUACAAAGGUCGCCCAAGUUUGCGCGUAUAAAUUUGGCAUUGCUUUAGAUCAGGUUUCUAUUAAACCCAGUUAUUCUUUUGUCGCCCCAAAUUCCACCCCUACAGGAGGUAGCUUGACUAGUGAAGCAGUUUGUUAUGCUGUAAUAAAAGCUUGCGACACAAUUUUAAAAAGAAUGAAACCCAUAAAGGAAAAAAUGACCAACCCUACCUGGGUUGACGUUGUUAAACAAUGUUUUGGUGCUAAUAUUCAAUUAGCUGCUACUGGAUAUUACUGGGGAGAGGCGCCAGGUAUUCAAAAAUACGACAUUUUCGGAGUGUGUGCCACUACCGUUCAAGUUGAUAUUCUAACAGGAAAAUACCAAAUUUUACAGGUUGAUAUUAUUGAAGAUUUAGGAGAAAGUAUGAGUCCAUUGAUAGAUAUUGGACAGAUUGAAGGAGCUUUUGUUAUGGGGUUGGGUUAUUACACGACUGAAGAAUUGGUUUAUGACGAAGAAGGUCAGCUUAUGACAAAUAGAUCUUGGUUUUAUAAACCACCUGGUGCUAAGGAUAUUCCAAUAAAUUUCAGAAUCAAAUUUACUGAGAAUAGUAAGAAUGCUGUUGGAGUCCUAAAAUCAAAAGCGGUUGCCGAACCCCCUAUGUGUCUAUCUGUUGCUGUGCCCUUGGCCAUAAGAAAUGCUUUAGCUUCAGCUAGACAGGAAGCUGAUUCAAAAAGUUCAAAAUGGGUGCAAUUUGAUGGACCUACUACUGUUGAAAAAACUUUCAUGUAUUCUCUGAACGAUUUCAAACAAUAUGUUCUAAAAUAAAUUUUACCUAUUUGAGACCUAUUUUAACAAUUAUUUACUUUCUAUAAACACAGAAAUGUGUGUAUGUUAUAAUCUAUAUGUAAUCCAUUAUUAAUUAUUUACUAAAUCACAAAAAAUAUGUAUAUUAUAAUUUAAAUAAAUAAAUGAGCAAGAA